UCUAUGCCACCAGCUGAUGGUCUAUUACUGUUUGCUGAAUUAAAAACGGCAAGACACUGCUUUGUAUUAGAAUCAGAACUACACGCUGUAUACUUAGUAACCCCAUAUUCUGUAUGCUAUCAAUUACAAGACUUAGACUGGUUGCUAUAUCUUGAUUUAUGGGAACACCUGACACCAGCUAUGAAAAAAGUCGGCGAAUUAGUUGGAGUGAAAGAAUCUUUUCUAGUUCGUGCAAUGCGUCAACAAACUAAAUUAGAUUAUAAACAAAUGCAAAUACACAAGAGAUUCUAUACCGCUUUAGCUCUACAAGAACUCAUUGAAGAAAUACCAAUUAAACAAGUGGCAUUUAAGUACAAGUGCACACGUGGUAUGUUGCAAGGAUUACAGCAAAUUUCAUCCACAUUUGCGGGAAUCGUAACAGCUUUUUGUAACUCAUUAGAGUUUUCAACACUUUCACUAAUAUUGUCGCAAUUUAAGGAGCGUUUAUACUUUGGUAUACAUAGAGAUUUAAUAGAUUUGAUGCGUUUACCUGAUUUAAAUUACAAGCGCGCUCGUGCUCUUUACGACGCCGGUUUAACGUCAAUUGUUAAAUUAGCAAAUGCUGAUGUGUUUUCUGUGGAGAAAAUAAUGCACAAUUUAUUAAGUUUUGAUUCUGCAAAACAACAUGAAAAUGAAAAUGUUUAUGAAGCCGAACAACGUAAUGUGCUAAGAAAUUUCUACAUAACCGGCAAAUCUGGAAUAACUGUAGCAGAUGCCGCAAAAUUAUUGGUGCAAGAAGCGAGACGAUUUGUACAAUAUGAAAUUGGCGUGGGCACUAUUAAUUGGGCGCAAAACACAAAAAAUGAUUUGGAAACAGAUCGGAUCCAUAUGUCAUACGAAGAAGAAAAUUUAAAAGUUUGCAAUAGAAAAAGAAAAUCCUCAGAAAAUUUAAAUACAAGUCAACUUAAAAUAGCAAAAUCUAUAGAAAGUAAAGAAAAACAUCUUAUUGAGCUCUGUACGGAACUAAAUGAUAAACCAAGUACUAGUGCAAAAGCGAAAGAAACUUUACAUAAAAUAAAUACACUGGAAAAAGAAAUUAAAGAGACAUCUGGUGAAAAAUUAAUGAUAACUAGUUCGGGAAAUAAUAAUAAACAAACUAAUAAUGGGGAUAUCGUAGGAAAACAAUUUUCCGAGUUAAAAUUAACUAAUUUGAUAAAGGAAUCUACUAAUUUGAUAAAGGAAUCUACAAUUAACAACAAAGAAGAGUUAAGUAAAUAUGAGAAAACAAUAGAUAAUAAAAAAUAUAAUUUACGCACGUCUGAGAAGAAAAAACCCAUCUCAGUUGUCAAUGAUGGUCAAAUAAUUAAGAGCAUUGAAAUAGAACCACAAACGGUUACAACGAUAUCAUUAUCAAGACUCAGUCCAAAUUUGAAAAAAACUCAAACUACUGUUAAUGAAACUGGUAAUAAAACUGUUAAAGACAUCAAUGAAAUACAAAAGAGUCUGGCACUUUCACAAAAUUCGGUGACAAUACCACGUCGUAGUCUACGUAAUCAUUUAAAAGAAACAACAAAAAAUAUGAAUGACGUAUCUAUGACGGAGGAAUCCUUUGAAUUAAACAGGGACAUAGCUGAAGUACUGGAUACUGAUAAAACAAAUAAAGAUGGUAUAAGCACCAAUGAAAUACAAAAUAGUCUGGCACAUUUACAAAAUUCGGUGACAAUACUACGUCGUAGUCGACGUAAUCAUUCAAAAGAAACAACAAAUAAUAUGAAUGAUGUAUCAAUGACGGACGACUCCUUUGAAUUAAACACGGGCAUAGCUGAAUUACUGGAUAUCGACAGAGGAGAUAAUAAUGAUAAAGACACCAAUGAAAUACAAAAGAGUCUGGCACUUUCACAAAAUUUGGUGACAAUACCACGUCGUAGUCGACGUAAUCAUUUAAAAGAAACAACAAAAAAUAUGAAUGACGUAUCAAUGACGGAUGAAUCCUUUGAAUUAAACACGGGCAUAGCUGAAUUACUGGAUAUCGAUAAAUCAAAUGAAAACGGAAAAAAUACCAAUGAAAUACAAAAGAGUCUGGCACAUUCACAAAAUUCGGUGACUAUACCUCGUCGCAGUCGACGCAAUCAUUCAAAAGAAACAACAAAAAAUAUGAAUGACAUGUUAAUGACAGACGAAUCCUUUGAAUUAAACACGGGCAUAGCUGAAGUACUGAAUAUCGAUAGCGAAAAAAAAGAUGUACAAGACAAAAAUGAAAUACAAAUGGGUCUAACGUAUUCCCAAAAUUCGGCAACAAACCCAUGCCGCAAUCGACGUAAUCAUUCAAAAGGAACAACAAAAAAUAUGAAUGACAUGUUAAUGACAGACGAAUCUUUUGAAUUAAACACGGGCAUAGCUGAAGUACUGGAUAUCGAUAAAUCAAAUAUUAAAAUACAAAACAGUGUUGCACAUACACAUUAUUUGGAAACACGAUCACAUCAAAAUCAACGUAAGCACUCCACAGAAAGAACUUCCAACACCGCUGCUUCAACAAAAGCUAUCAUGGAGCAAAAAACACAUAUGAGUGACUUGUUAAUCACAGAUGAUUCCUUUCAGCUGAACACGGGCAUAGCUCAAAUGCUGGAUAUUAAAUUAACAGAAACAAAUGCUACUCCUAUCGUCGAAGAAAAAGAAACUUUAAAUAUGAAUAAUGAUGAUGAAAUACCUAAUUCACAACUAGCAGAAAAUAAAGAACUUGAGAAAACACCGUUCAGAUCUCGCUUAAUACGUACACGACGUGCAACCUUUAAAGAAUCGGAAAUUAACUCGGGUUUAGAAACUAAUAAUAAUGUACAUAAUACUGAGAAUUCAACAGGUGUUUCGAUUGAAAUAUCUGAUCCAUCGAUUAAAGGUUGUCUAAUAAUGGAUCCAUCACAUAUUAAUGCUACAAGUGUUAGUAAUAAUGCUACAACUUCUUCUAGUUUUGAAUGUGUGAAGAUUGUAGAUAUUUGUGGUAAUAUACAAAUUUUCCAAUCAACUUUUGAAGAGUUGAUGACUUCUAAAUGUUUUGGUUUCUGUUUGGGCUUGGAGAAUAUUUUGGAGAAACAAAAACCUGUUAUAGGUGCAAACGCAGCUAUUAAUCAAGAUUUAACAAAAGAGGAAGUUGAAGCUACAAUGGAUAUGGCAAAUUUUCAGAUUGAUAGUGCAUGCUUUUUAGCUGGCAUUGCUUUUUGCGUAUCAGACAAUAUAAUUUACUAUAUGAACAUGCAGGAAAAGGAAUCGAAUGCUGCAGUGACCACAAAACUAAAGUGUCAAUACCUGCAUAUGAUACUUAAAGCAAAAGAAAAUACUUUGCUGAUAUUUGAUGCUAAGGAACAAUUAAAAACUUUACGUAAACUUCUGCCAGAUUUAGGAGAAAUUUGUGCUGAGUUCGGAGAUCCAAAAGUAGCAAAUUGGCUACUUCAACCAGAUAAAACAGUAACUUUCAAACAAAUGGUUCAUCAAUUUGCUCCGGAAUGCACUGGAUUAAUUGGUCUGUGUGGAAAUAGCGGGAGGGGAACAAAAAGCUAUGGCUUAGAUAAAUAUAAUGGUAUAUCGGCCAAAGUUAGAUCUUCAAUAGAAGCCUGUUGCACUAUCCAUAUUUUAAAAGAGCAAAUUGAAAAAUUGAAGAAAAUCGGAAACGGUUCUUUACAUCAAUUUUUUUUAAAAACUGAAAUGCCACUGCAGCUUUCACUUUGCAACAUGGAAACGAUUGGUUUUCCUACAAGUGAGUCUGAACUGCACAUGUUAAUAAAAAAAUUGUUGUGUCUUCAGAGAAAAUUGGAAACAACAAUAUAUGAAACGCAUGGCAGGCGAUUUAAUCUUACUUCAUCUUCGGAGGUGGCGAAAGUGCUUGGAUUACAUCUCAAAUCUGGUAAACGUAUUACCACAUCAAAGCAAAUUUUAGAGAAAAUAGAAUCACCUAUUUCUAAACUAAUAAUUAACUACAGAAAAGUAAAUAGUAUCUUCACGAAUAAUAUUCUACCACUAUCGGAGUGUGUUAAGAACAAUAGAAUAUUCGGAGAAAGUAACACAUUUACUUCCACUGGACGCAUAUCAAUGGUGGAACCAAAUUUACAAAAUGUUGCUAAGAACUUUGAAGUAUAUACAGGAGAAGAUAGUGAUAAUUUGGAAAUAUCUUGUCGUCGUGCAUUUUACCCAACAGAUCCAAAGCGCUGGCUUAUAUCUAUUGAUUUUUGUCAACUAGAGAUGCGCAUAUUAGCGCAUUUAUCGAAGGACCCUGCAUUAUUAGAAGUUAUGCGUACGAAAAAGGAUAUUUUUACUGCUAUAGCCGCAAGUUGGUAUAAAGUAUCCGAUGAUAAUGUAACAGACCAAUUAAGAAAUGAUACCAAGAAAAUAUGU